GCAUGCUCCCUGCGCCGUGGGGAGACCCGCGGUGAUCCCGGUCCGUGGACAUGGAGGAGGGCGCGGAGAGCAGGGUGUCGGGGCCGUCGGGCGGGGAUGGAGCGGGAACGGGAGCAGGCGCAGGAGCAGGCCCGGCCCCGGCCGAUGAGGACCGGGACAUGGAGGGGGCCCCCAGCUGCUCGGGGUCGCGCUCCGUCCCCUUCGAGUUCCAGCGGAGCCGCUCGGAGUCCACCGGCGACGAGGACGACGACGACGACGAAGACGACGAGGAGGAGGAAGAGGAGCUGGAGGGGGACGCCGGGGCUCGCUUCGGGACGGAUGACGGGGAGCACGACUCGGACGACGACCGGGAGCGGAUGAUAAACCUCGCAGAGUUGACCCCUUACAUCCUGUGUUCCAUUUGCAAAGGUUACUUUAUUGAUGCUACAACUAUUACAGAAUGUCUGCACACAUUUUGUAAAAGCUGCAUUGUGAGACACUUCUACUAUAGCAACAGAUGUCCAAAAUGCAAUAUUGUUGUACAUCAGACACAGCCCCUUUAUAAUAUCAGACUGGACCGGCAGCUGCAAGACAUAGUCUAUAAAUUAGUUGUCAAUCUUGAGGAAAGAGAGAAAAAACAAAUGCAUGACUUCUAUAAAGAAAGAGGAUUAGAAGUGCCCAAACCAGCUGUCCCACAGCCUGUUCCAACGAGCAGAGGAAGACCUCGGAAGGUUCUGGGCUCAGUGUUCCGGAUUCCACCGGAACUUGACAUCUCCAUACUUCUGGAGUUUAUUGGAGCUAACGAAGGCGCAGGGAAUUUUAAGCCUUUGGAAAAGAAGUUUGUACGUGUUUCUGGGGAGGCAACAAUUGGACAUGUGGAGAAAUUCCUCAGAAGAAAAAUGGAUCUGGACCCUGCUUGUCAGGUGGACAUAAUAUGUGGUGAUCACCUGCUGGAGCACUACCAGACACUGAGGGAAAUUCGUCAAGUCAUAGGAGAGAGCGCGGUGCAGCUGCUGGUUAUUUUUAUUUGUCUGAAACUGGGCCUUCUCAGAGUUCUGCAUCACUGAUGGAUAUAAUGAGCUCACACACGGGAAAAGCUAAAAGGAGUGCCUUCCGUGAUGUCCUUGGCCCUUGGCACAGAGGAUGGUUUACUUGUUCUGCACUAUGGCCUGGUGGUAUCUCCGCUAACUUAAAGAAUUGCUGGAAUAUUACAAGGCAAAAGAAUCUGAAGUCAUGGCGCUUCUUCACUGCUGUUUCUCACCAAAGAAGCCAUUGUAUUUCCUGUGGCAGGAAGCAAGUUAAAGGAACUACCACUAACUGCUGUGUGAUUGUAAUGGAACAUCUGACUUUACCACUGUAAAAAAAUUGCAGCUUCUAUAAGUACAGCUGUAGAUGUUGCUAUGCUUCACGUUACAAAUUACUGUCUUCAAAUUUCACUCAGCUCAGGGAAUUUAAAUGCUCAGAGUAGCUGCAUUUUUUUUACUUUCUAAAACCACAAGAUUUCACAGGGUUAACAGCCUUUUUUUCCUCUUAAGCUCUGAGAUAUCUCUUGCUUUCUAAGUGUCUAGCUAGAACAGUGCUCUCAGGGAUGAUCUUCAGUGAGCAGUAUAGUGUAUUUUGGGGAGGAGACAGUCAGUUGCCUAAAAAAAAUGUGUACUGUGAUCAUCUGUCUUCAGGUAUGAUAUGGGGAGAGGAAGGAAACUAGAAAUGCAGACCAAAAUAGGUAGAAAACGAUGCAGCAUAAGCAUUGGGGUUUUUUUGAGAAGUAGCAUUAAAUUUAGUUGUUUUUCUUGAAGAAAGACAAUUUUGUUUGCACUGGAAAUAUAUUUGCUGGUAGUUUGGCUUAUACCAAAUGGUGGAUCAUGCAUCUCUAGUCUUAAUGGAGAUGGGCUGGCUAUAAGCUGGUUAAACUAUGCAUGAAAAACAAAAAGUAGCACCUCUUUCUACCUGCUUGCUGUAUGUAAAGAAAUCACUGUCAGCCUGAUUCUGCUAUCAUGAAUCUGUCAACUGGCUCGACUGUCAGGAGCAUAAAUCCAUUCACUUUAGCACAUACCUCUCUAGCAGCUGUGAAAAUGGUCGCUUUUUCCACUCUUUUUAAUGUAUUUUAGUGCAUUGCAGUGGAGACCAGGGCUGAGUAAUGUAAUACUUGCCUGUUACUACCAGAUUCACAGAGGAUUUUAGGUAACUUUAACAUACUAAAAUACUACGGUUUGUGACAAGUCUAAUACUUAAAAUUUUCUUCUAAGAUUUCCAUGUUUUCUUGUGCAGCAUUAAGGACCAGAGUGCUCUGUGUGUUACGAUCUUGCUGGUCAUUGGUGUGGGGAUCCAUGAAAGCUACCAGGAGGCACCAGGCUCCCUCCUUCCUUGUAGUCAGUGUAGGAAAAAGGAGUCUCAAACCUCCAUUGUAGCAGAGAAGCAGGUGGACUCAGAGCCCUGCAAGGCAGUUAGUCAAGGAUCUGUUGAAGAUGAAGGUUGGAAGCAGGUCAUGGCAUCUACCGGGAGGAAGGUUGUUCCUUCUGAAAACUUAACAAGUAGGAGUGACACCUUCUACAACAGGUAUGAGGCCCUACAACUAGAAGACCAGACAACUGAUGAAGUGGGGAAAGGUCUUGUUGGGACUGAAGGGUGUACCACCUGUACCCCACAUCACAAGCACUUCUGUUUAGAGGAAAAGAAGGGUAGUUGGUGGUUGUAAUGAGAGACUCCCUUCUAAGGGGAACAGAGGGCCUGAUAUGCAGACCGGACCCAACUCACAGGGAAGUCUGCUGUGUCCCAGGGGUUCAGGUAAGGGACAUUACUGGAAAACUCUCCAGUCUGGUAAGCACGUCUGAUUACUACCCACUAUUGGUUGUUAAGCCAGCAGCAACAAAAUAACAAAGAGAAGUCUGAAGGCAAUGAAAAGAGACUUCAGGGCCUUGGGGCAAUUGGUAGUGGGAUCAGGAGCGCAGGCAGUAAUUUCCUCGGUUCUUCCAGUAACAAAGAAUAAUACUGAGAGGAAUAGAUAAAUCCAUCAGGUCAGUGUGUGGCUCAGAAUCUGGUGUAAGUGGAAAAAUAUGGGGUUUUUUGACCAUGGGAUAAUCUAUUCAACACCUGGUCUACUGACACCUGAUGGGAUGCACCUUUUUAAGGGGGGAAAAAGAGUUCUAGCACAGGAGCUGGUAGGCUUUGUUGAUAGAGCUUUAAGCCAGCUUGGAAGCGGGAAAGGGGCAAAACCAGGCUUGCCAGUAAUGAGGGAUGGGAUGUGGUGUGCCAAAACUCAGGAAAAGGAACACUAAUGGAAUCCCUGAAUCUGCCUCACGAGUUACUGGGUACCAUGUACACCACCUGAAAUGUUUCUACACCAAUGCACGCAGCACGAGGAAUAAACAAUAGGAGCUCAAAGCUUUGGCCCAGUCCCAGAGAUCUGAUAUCAAUGGCAUAAAUGAAACCUGGUGGGAUGAGUUCUGUGACUGGAGUGCCCUCUUGGAUGAUUACAGGCUUUUUGAGGGACAGGCAGAGCAGAAGAGGCAAGGGGUAUCCCUCCAUCCUUUCCACAGCUGUAUGGGAAGGGUUGGA